GUGCCCCACACCUGCUCCACACCAAUCCUAUAUACACACAUAACAGGCUGCCAUGGACGCACUAUCACACCCCACACCCCCGCUCUCGCCGACGCUCACCAGCCGCUCCCCACCCCGAACCCAGUCAUCCUCGAGAAGCCCCAAACUGCGCCGCCGAUCCAUGGACGCCAAAACGAAGACGAGUACUGUGAACCAGGAUAUCCUGCCCGAGUCGAGUAAUUCUGCUACUGGCGCGACGAUGAGGCGCGCGAGCGACGCGGGGCCUGGGAUCGAGCAGCAGCAGGAGCAGAAUGUGGAAUAUGUACAGCAGGAGCCGCAUGUCGUGCCGUUUAAGGAGCGGGUCAUCGGUGUAGCAAAGAAAACACGCGGGACGCUACUCGCGAAGCCGGAAUUGAAAGAGCACGGCGAGAAGAUUCUGCAGGGCGAGGCCACGGUGCACGAUAUCCACGAGUCGCCGACAUCUGCUCAAACAACUGCACCCCAAUAAUUUCCCCGUGCGCCGCGUGCUACCCUUGGAUCUCUGGGAUUGGAAAGGUGAACGGCGCGUGAACAGGAAUGAAUGUAGCAUUAGUAACCCGCUGUAAACAAGAAUGAAUUUCAUAUUCUCUGGGAAAUGGCUUGGUA